AGAAACAUUCAGGCGCACUCCCUCAUCGUGCCAUAGGCCAUGGUCGAAAUCGAAAUCAAAAAGGCCCCAGCCCCCGACGACGACAUGGGCUGGCCAUCCUAUAUUGUGCCCGUGGUCGGAAGUGCCAUAGUCGCUACCUGGGCAUUUUUCCUAGGAGCAUUGGGCUAUUCGUAUCUUUGGAUUGUAGUCAUAAUAGCAAUGAGUGUUACGAAAAGCUAUUUAUGGAAGAAAAGAGAGAAACGGCUGAUAGGGCUACGGGCUACAGCUACCCGAGAACGAGAUGUGAUCAUGGCACAACUGCAAGAUCUUCCCGCAUGGGUUCAGUUCCCGGAUACAGAACGUGUGGAGUGGUUAAAUAAAGUUAUUCAUCAAUUAUGGCCAUAUAUUGGAGAGUAUGCCAGAGUCUUUCUGACCGACUUCAUCAUACCUCAAGUAAAAGCCCAAAUGCCGGGAGUGUUCAAGAAUUUCAAAUUUACCAAAAUGGAUAUGGGUGACAUCCCGUGUCGCGUUGGGGGAAUCAAGGUCUAUACAUCGAAUGUGGGCAGAGAUCGCAUAAUAGUCGAUAUGGACGUUGCCUAUGCAGGUGAUGCGGAUUUUACCGUAUCCUGUUGUGGAUUCACUGGCGGCAUGAACAACUUAGUGUUUUCUGGCAAAUUACGUGCUGUGCUCAAGCCAUUACUACCGUAUCCACCAAUGAUUGGUGGUGUUUCUGGAUCAUUCCUUGAAAUGCCGAAAAUUGAUUUCAAUCUGACGGGAAUGGGUGAGAUGGUUGAAUUACCUGGUCUUAUGAAUGCCAUCAGAAGUGUUAUAAAUAGUCAGGUGGCUGCUCUUUGCGUAUUACCGAAUGAAAUCGUUGUACCUCUUGCGCCUAAUGUUGACGUAACGAAACUCUUCUUUCCAGAACCAGAUGGUGUUAUUCGCCUAAAAAUCGUCGAAGCGAAGAAUUUGGAAAAUCGUGACAUUUCAUUCAUUCGCAAAGGCAAGAGUGAUCCAUAUUGUGAGAUUCAAGUCGGCUCCCAAUUCCUAAAGACUAAGACCAUCGACAAUGAUCUCAACCCUGUAUGGAACGAAUACUUCGAAGCUGUUGUAGAUCAGGCUCACGGCCAGAAGCUGCGCAUUGAAGUGUUUGACGAAGAUCAGGGACAGGAUGAAGAGCUUGGCAGGUUGAGUAUUGAACUGAAAGACAUUCAGGCCAAGGGAAGCAUUGAUACUUGGCUCCCUCUGGAGGCUUGCAAACAUGGUGAUCUCCAUCUCAAAGCUACAUGGAUGAAUCUGUCAAAAGAAAAACGCCAUCUCGAAAAGCAGGAAUGGGAGAGCGAGUGGUUGCAGGCUGACAAACCCAUUCAUCCAGCGCUUUUGAUGGUGUAUGUGGAUUCGGUUUCUGAUCUACCGUAUCCGAAAGCAAAACUGGAACCCUCACCAUUUGUGGAGGUGACACUCGGGAAGAACAGUCAACGUACACCAGUCAAGGUGAAAACCGUGAAUCCUCUAUACCAAUCCAAGUUCCUCUUCUUUGUCAGACAUCCAGAAGGACAAGAGCUGAAGUUUGAGGCAAUCGAUGAUGGUACACGCAAGACCCUCGGAUCCCUAACUAUUCCCCUGACCCAACUUAUCAAGGAACCCCAGCUGGAAGUUUAUCAGCAAACCUUCAUGCUUACCUGGGGUGUGCAUCAGAGCCCCAUCGUGCUUACCAUAAGACUCAGGGGCUUCGUGCCUGCGGAUGGGGAGAAACCAGUGGUCAUACCGGCUCUGACAAAAGGCAAAAGAAAAGGUGGUAUCGAUGGUUUGGACAACGACACCCUCAUGGAGUAUGCAAAUGCCAAUUACAUCGAGCGAGCCGAAAAACCCGAACCACUACCAGAAACCCCAAACAAUAAGAAACAAGCCAAUGGUGAUUCGAUGGCAGUGGAGCCAGCAAAGACUGUGAAUCCUUCACCAGGAUUUUUGGAUCCCGAGGUGAAAAUGAAUGCUGAGGAUGUGAAUAUGCUCCGUUCUGAAUCUGUAAACUCGAUCAGCACCCCUUCAGGACGAUCUAGUCGUCUUGGACGAGUCUUCACCGCAAGACAUGAAAAGGACACGAAGAAUAGGGGAAAUCAACCCCGAGGUGAGCUGGAGAUGUCCGUAAGAUAUGCUGAAGCAACCAGAAAGCUGGUUGUACAAGUGCUUCGGGCAAAACAGCUACUUCCAUGGACCAAAUCCGGCCAGUGUAAUCCUUAUGCAACGGUUAAACUCAUAAACAUAGAAAACAGCAGAGACGUCCAAAAAAGAAAAACAGGUGUUGUGAAAGGCUCAGUGAAUCCGUCUUUCGAUAAUCAUUUUGAAUUUGAUGUGGAAGCCAAUGAUCUGCAUAACUAUCGGCUACAAAUAUCUGUGAAGGAUGACACAAAUUAUGGAGCAUUUUCUUCGAAACCUAUUAUAGGACAGAUUGAUAUGCGACUGUCGUCACUGGAUAAAUGGACCUUGCCCCAACAAUGGAUUCGAUUAGAAGCUGAACGAAUAUGAUUCGAUUGGACAAAGCGAUCGAUAACUAUGUUUUCUUUUGUACAGUGUUCGAAGCUACUUGUUCGUCAUCGCUAGAGUUGUUAUAUAGAGUUAAUAUUGGUAUUUAAGUAUUAUUGUUUUCGUUUGCGUGCAGGUUGUAUCGUUCGUUUUCUCUACGGAUACUUUAGUUGCUGUGCCUUUUUGUGCCCAAUCAAAUUUAAUUAUUUGUUAUGACCAAUGUUGCAAUAUGAUAAGUAUGAUUCUGUUUGACCACUGUGAUGGAAUUGCUUCUACUUCGGCUUUCCAUCCUGCAUCUCUUAUUUGAUCUGACUGUUUCAACCAAACGCUAUUUUUCUUGAUGGUCAAUUAUAAAUAAUAAAUCUUUCUCUAUAGUG